GGCCCUGCUUCCCCUUCGUCGUAUUUGAUCGGUCAAAUCAAUCCCCAGCAUAUUCUCCCACCAUGGCUGCGGAACAAAGAAAGCUGCUUGAGCAGCUGAUGGGAGCGGACAAACUCGUCGGCACCGGCGCCGCAUCUCGCAAUGCGCAACUCGCCAUCACAGACCCCAAAGUAUGCCGCUCGUACCUAGUCGGAACCUGCCCGCACGACCUCUUCACAAACACCAAGCAAGACCUGGGCCCCUGCCCGAAAGUGCACAGCGAAGGACUGAAGACGGAGUACGAGGCCGCCUCGGCGGCGGAGAAGGCCAAGUGGGGGUUCGACUACGACUACAUGCGCGACAUGCAGAAGUAUAUCGAUGACUGUGACCGACGCAUUGAUUCCGCGCAGCGACGGCUGGAGAAGACACCGGAUGAGAUCCGGCAGACGAACGACCUGUUGAAACAAAUCUCCGACCUCACCAACACAAUCAACUCGGGCCUGCUGGAGAUCUCCGUGCUCGGCGAGACCGGCUCCGUCGCCCAGGCGCUGAACGAACUGCACAAGAUCCGCACCGCCAAGCACCAGAAGGAGGCCUGCGAGCGCGACCUCAAGAACCUCCAGGACACCUCCGGUCCCUCGGGCCACCAGAAGCUCCAGGUCUGCGACGUGUGCGGCGCGUACCUGAGCCGCCUCGACAACGACCGCCGUCUGGCGGAUCACUUCUUCGGCAAGAUGCACAUGGGGUACUCGGAUAUGCGCAAGACGUUCAAGAAACUCAGCGAGGAGCUCAAGGGCCGGCCGCCGCCGGUGCGACACCACGAUGACGACGAUGACCGGGGCUGGGGUGGUCGGUCUGGUGGUGGUCGUGGGCCGAGGUAUGGUGGUGGUGGCGGCGGUGGCGGUGGUUACAGGAAGCGUGGUUCUCGGUGGUGAUGUGACGACAAUUGGGAUGGUGUAUGUGGUGUAUGGUGGGAAGGGGAUGGGGGCUUGGAGCGUGUCCCCUACUGAGAUCUCCUUGUUCGGGCUGUGUUCUCUCUGGUUUUGCAUAGCGUAGGCGUUGUUUGCUUAUCACGACCACGUUCGAGGAUGGCAUGGGGGCUUUUUUCUCUCUCUCAAAAAGAUAUUAAACAUCAUUUACUUCCAUUAGCG